AUGGACAAGCUCGUUCAGCGCACCGUCAAGGCCGAGAGGCAGGUCAUCCGCCGCCUAAAGAAGCAGAACAACAAGUCCUACCGCCACGAGUACCGCGAUCGCGUCCGCCGCGCCAAGUCCGCCCUCGAGGAUCUCAACAAGAACGUCGCCGACCUCGGCCACGGCGUCGUGACUGAGCACGCCAGGACGGCGAAACAAACUGCCGAGUUCCUGCUUCGUCCGUUCGAGGUCGAAGCGCGCUGCGGCUGGGCCGGCGGCGCGAGGUUCCUUAACCUCGCUGUGGGGGAUCGGGUUGUCAUCACAGAGGGGCAUGACAAGGGCAAGAUUGAUACCAUCACCACUGUCAACCGUGCUACGGGGACUGUUGAGCUUAGCGAGAAUGGCAAGCUAACACAACCCUCUCCGUCUUCUAUAGCUCGUCGCGAAAUCCCCGACUGGCUGAUCGGAAAGAAGAUUAGCGGCGAACAGUCCUACCCCGACCGCUCUGUUUCGCCCAUGGCCAUCCCCAUCUCCGCCAUCCGCCUCGUCCACCCCAUCACCGACCCCGAGACCGGCGUCACCCGCGACGUUAUCGUCCGCUCCCUUCGCCACGCCAACAUCCGCCGCGACCAACUGACCAAGUCCACCGAGUGGGACCGCUACGUUCCCGGCCUCAACGUCAUCAUCCCCUGGCCCGAGAAGACCGACCCCGAAGAGGUCCACCACGCGGGCGACACCGCUCGCAAGGACGCCUCCGAAGCCACCUUUAUCCCUACUCUCCUCCGCCCUCCCAUGCCCCAUACCCUCAUCAACGAGCUCAGGAAUCAGUACUCGCGCUUCAGGACCCGCCACGAACCUUGGUACCUCGAGAAGAAGCAGGCCGAGGCCGACAUGGCCAAGGAGCAGAAGAAGGCCGUCGCUACCAUGCUCACGCCGCUCGAGGAGUUUAACAGGAGACAGAGGGAGCUUAAGAGGAGCGUCGGCCAACCCGUCCUCACCGAGGCCAUGAUGGAGAAGCUUGGUGCUGUAAUUGCGAAAAACAGGACGAGGAUUCUCGAAUCUUCGGGCAUCUCCAAAUCGUCGUAA